UGUGGUGGGGUUACAGGAACACGCCCUGGUUCAUGGGUUCAGACAGAAAUAUUGGCGUUUCUGAUGUGACUGAGAUUAGUAUGAUAUCGUGGUAUAUAGUUUUAAGAGCUGGUAUUGUUGUGACUCACUGUGGUGCUGAGGACUGUGUGUGGUGAUGUGUGGUAGGGUUUAACAGAGGCACAUCCAUCCCAUCUCUUUAGUCUAUUGGUUACGCAGGAAUGACGACCUUUCUGACAUGUGAAUUUUUGAAAAUGUCACUUGCUUGUUUAUUUAUUAUUUUCUGUCUAUUCUCCUUACUGAACGAAGACUAUUUUGUUGUGUGAUAGGAAAGAAGAAGAAGAAGAAGAAGAAGAAGAAGAAGAAGAAGAAGAAGAAGAAGAAAAAGAAGAAGAAGAAGACACCCUCUAGUCUAUGGGAUAGGGAAGAAUGGUGACCUUUGAUGUCUGGUUAUGAAGACACGUUGCCCGGCGCUGAUUGCUCCCCGUGCAGUGCUUGUCUCUGUUGGACGGAGCAGCCACGCAGGAGUGAACAACACUGUCAAAACAGUACGAUACUAGAGAGGCAGGUGACUGGACACCAUGUUAUGUGCACGGACCUGUACGAAUGGCCGACGUUCCAUUAUCGAAUCAUAUUGAAGUAUCGAGCUAUGUUUAGCAGUAGAUACAUUUUAAAAGGAAGUGAAUUAGAAGUAUAGAAAACAACAACAACAACAACAACCGGUGAUAUACUUUUUGAUAUAUAAUCCGUGGUUAAUCACUUCUCUGUGCGUGUGUGGCUCUGUGGUGAGACUGGUGAUUCUUGGGAGUGUUCUCAAGAAUGGUGUACGAUGUCCCGCUCGAGAAACAGGAGACAGAAGUAGCACGGACACGCGCGGCCGGUGGCAGGUGGAGGGCGAGCGAGUGCCGGCGUCACAGCGGGCGGCCCCCAGUCGGCUCCAGCGCAGGAGUCAGCAUGGCCCCGCGUGGGUCGUGCUGGCCGUGCUGUCCCCUCCUGUCCACAGGUCGGGGUCACAUUCGGGAGGGUCGCCGCGGGCCGCCACUCCUGCUGGGGGAGUCAGAGCCCACCCUGCCCCCGCCGCCCCCGCCCCAGCUGGACCCCUCCCACUCCACUGAUGUCACGGCUCUCGCUGACCGCCCCGCCAUCCUCAACUGUCGGGUGCACAACAUCAACAACAAGACAGUGUCGUGGAUCCGGCACCGCGACAUUCACUUGCUGACGGUGGGCCGCUACACCUACACGUCAGACCAGCGGUUCAGGGCGCUGCACGAGGAGGAUUCCGACGACUGGCUCCUCAAGAUAAACUACGUGCAGACUCGUGACUCUGGGAUGUACGAGUGUCAGAUAUCGACCACGCCGCCACUCUCUCACUUCGUGCGACUCAACGUUGUCAAGCCGCACACGCACAUCCUGGGAGGGCCUGACAUGCACAUCAACACGGGCUCAACCAUCAACCUGACCUGCCUGGUGGAGUACAGCCCGGAGCCGCCAGACUUCAUCUACUGGAACCACAACAACAAGAUUAUAAGCUACGAUUCGAGUCGCGGCGGAGUCACUGUUAUCAUUGAGAAGGGGGACCUCACCACCAGCUCAUUGCUUAUACAGGAUGCGCGCCCGUCAGACUCCGGCCGCUAUGACUGCAACCCCUCCAACGCCGCCUCCGCCAACGUCACCGUGCACGUGUUAAAUGGGGAACACCCGGCGGCGAUGCAGCACGGCGGCCAGGGUACCUACACCUCCUCCUCCUUCAAGAACGUGCUCUCCCUCCUGGCCCUCCUUGCCGCCCUCCACGCCCUCCUGCAGUAGAAGAGGAAAGAAGCCGACGAAAGGAAAGGACAGAGGGAUGGAGGAGAGGACUUAAGAGGGGGAGCUUCAGACUGAUAAAGGGAUGAAAGGGAUGCGGGAGAGAGAUAGAGGAGGAAGACUCGGGAAGAUGACUGAGAAAGGAGGAGAUUGAGACGAGUGGGAGAUGAACGAAGGACUAGAGGACCUGAAAAGCUGUCCCUAGGGAACCAGUUGACUGAAAGAGGCAGAGAAGGACAAGUGGAAUGAGCAGCGAGGACGAGGGUUGAUGCGAAUCAUUGAAGGCUGAAUAGAUCGUCCACAGUGGGAGUGAUAACCUUGAAACUGUGUGUGUGUGUGUGUGUGUGUGUGUGUGUGUGUGUGUGUGUGUGUGUGUGUGUGGCAAUGACACGUGUGGCGGGCGAGUGACGCAGCUGAAUCCACAAUGUCAAACUUUCCUGUCAGUUUCAAUAUUUCCCAUGAAGAUGUAAAUACACGUAUAACAAUGUGAGGAAUAUAUAAAAUGCAAAAAAAAAAAAAAAAAAAAAAAAAAAAAUGCACAGCGGGACAAUGCGUUAGCGAUGUGCGGAGUUAGAAAUAAUAAUGAACAAACUGUAAGUGUUAUGACGUUAUGUUACCAUGUGUUAUGUACUAAUUGGCUCCUGGAAAAUGAGUUUGAGUACAGGAACAUUAUAAACCUUACCUUUCUCCCUUCCUUCCUUCCUUUCUUUCCUUCCUUCUUUAAUUUCGUCACAAGACGCAUGAGUGUGCCCCGUGCAUCACAUUUUGGUACCUGUAUCUCGUAACCGAAUACUCCAUGACGCUGGUAAAUGAUGCUUAGAAUACUUGUAUGUGAACAGUGCUGGUUGUUGGUGGUGAAGCGAACACAGACUCAAUAAAAGUACAGUCACAGUCGGAUUGAGUAACAAACCGUACUGACAUUCACUAUAUGUAGAAUUUUCCUUCAGUCUUAAACCUUCUGAUCUAAUGGGACUAGAUUAAUUCUUAGGUUUUGUAAGGAGAACGUCAGCGCACUAGAAGGCUGAAGGAAAUUCGAAGCAUUAUAGAAGUGAGUGCUACAGUAGGUUAUUUAAUUUCUUACCAAAACUAUGUAUACUCACUUAGUCCGUGUUCCCUUCACCGCCUGGCCGUGUUUAGACUUGUGAUGGGAGGGAGGGGAGAGGGAAGAGCAUGUUUUAUUAAUCCACAGUGUUUGUUGUUGUGAGGAAGAAAGGAAUGUUGGAUGUGGCUGGAAGCAAACAUUAAUCUUAUACGUGUUAUGAAUUGAAUUAAUUAAUGGAACCACAACAUGACGAAGUGAUAAUAAUAAUAAUAAUAAUAAUAAUAAUAAUAAUAAUAAUAAUAAUAAUAAUAAUAAUAAUAAAU